AUGAACCGACUGCUGCAGCACUUUGUGGACUCAAACGGCGCGCCACGCGCGACUGCUCCGUCGCGUCUGCCCGUGCCCGUGCCGCCGCAGUCGUCCGGAGGUUCGUAUCACGGCAGUAACCGGGGCUCUUACCAGCGCGCCGCGCCUGGCAGCCCAUUUUUCUACCAGCCCGCGCACGUCGGCGCCAGCGGAUUGGCUGAAAUUCCGCUCACGUCGUCGUCGAGUGGCGCUAAGUACGAAACCGUCGACUUGAACGCUGACACGAGUCGGAGCCAAGCACAGCGACAGUCGUACACUGAAGGGAUUACCGGUGUCGGUACUGAAGAUAUCGGUACAACAAGGGCUCACAUGUUCCGUGACAAGUCGGUUGAAGCCGGUCCAGAAGCGGAACGGUUGCCGUCUGGGGUACUACACAGUACAGGGACGGGCCAGUUGACACCCGUGGAAGCGACUGUGAAGGGGAUGCAGGAACGUGGUACCGAACAGAGUGGUACCACUGACACGUCGGUACCGUCGACUCGUCGAUGGUCGAAUGGGCACAUGGCAGUCGUACCGUAUCCGUCAGUGCAAGACGCCAAUCGUCGGAGGACAGCGUCGGCUACGAGUAGCGCCAUGUCGACAAUGGAGGACGUUGGUACGGCACAGAAAGGAGAGGGCGUAUUCGCACGACAGAUGGUGCAAAAUGAUUCGCCCACGACAUUUUGCAGGGACGAGCAUGGAAGUGGGUACAACACUACUCGAGCGUUUGCAGCAGAAGUUUGCAGUCAAGUGUCAGAUUCGGUUCAGCCAUUGGAGAAAGAGACGGGAUAUCAACGACGCGAUCGAGACCAGGUGGACGGUCAAUUGACAAUGGUGGAGCCCGAAGCUGCUGCGUCUUUCCAUGUCGGCAAAAGUCCGUUUGAAUCGCCUGAUGUAACGAACGAAAAUCGUCAGUGUCAGGAUUUGCCAAGUGCUGAUAGCCUGUUUGGGUCUCCUGCACCGAUGAACAGCGGAGUCUGGCCGCCUGCUGCUUCAUUUGCGCAACCAGCAUCGAAACCGGCGCAAUCGCAGGACUUUUUUGCAACUAGAGCACCAACUGCAAGCAGCUUGUUCGACGGAGGUGCGUCCAUGUCGUCACGAGACAGUCAGAUAACGCCGUCUCGUGCUGUGAGCAGAGCUCCACCCGUGCCACGCCAUCCUCCGAGUAACCUGGCAUCGUCAUCAAUUCAGUCCGGAACUGGUGCUUCGUCUUCUGUGGCAAUGUCUCAGGCAGCAGUUGCACUGGCGCCGUCCAAGUCGUCGUACGUGGGCACCCCGCCACUGCUGGCAAGCGAUGUAAGAGUCUCAGCGUCUUCGGUUGUGCGAUCCGAAAAUCACUUUACUCGUGCCGCGGGUUCCAGGAAACUAUCUGCCUCCGGUGAGUCCUUGAUGAAGUUUGGGCUAGACGUACGGCAGAUGAAGUAUCAGGCAGGCAAGCGCGAAGAUGAUGCUGUUUCUAAUGCUCCAAGCAUAGCUUUAAGUCGGAUGUCGAUGCUAUCGACGCUGGAUGAUUCGCUGAAGCUGUCGGACAUGUACAAGCAAAUGACUACACGAUUGCAGCGUGAGAAGCAAGACCUGCUCAAGGUGGUAUCAAAUCAGGCUGAAGAGAUUGCGUACCUGAAGAAGCAUAUUAAGUCGUUAGAGCUGCAGAUGAAGAAGCAGCAUUUGGCUCGGGAUGCAUAG